CACGCCUCGUUGGAAUAACUGCACAUGUAACUAGUCGUGUGGGCAACAGUAUGCGAUAUCAGGAUCAGUUGCAAGUCAUGCGGAUACACAAUACAACCUUGAAAGUAAAGUGGCCUGUUCAGGUUGCGCCAUGACUUAGCAACGUGCAGAUUUGUGUCACAGUUAGAGGGGCUGAGGUAGGACUGCCGUACAAUACCCUGCAUAAUAGCUGAAUGGAUUCUGUGGAAACCAGGAACAACCACGUAAUACAUAAAGACACUCACAGACAUACAGAGCCGGGCACAACACUGAUGUCGGUGUUGUGCCCCGGUCACAGAACCAGUUGUGCUGUCAGUAUCUGCAUGAUCAUCCUACUUACUUCAUUGUUGUUACAAACGGCGGCGAACACAGCUCCUGACCCAGGUGGCCUAACCACAUACACACACGGCGAGAACACAUGCAUAAAGUGUAAACCUGGAACAUUCCUCUACAAACACUGUUCGGCUAACUUCACAUUCUCGGUGUGUCAUCGAUGUCCGCCUCAACACUUCCAGACACAUCACACCCAGGCCACCCGCUGUGCACCCUGCCACGCCUAUUGUCUCCAUGACCGGAACAUGGUGCAAGUCCAGGGGUGCUCUGCCACCCAUGAUGUGUUGUGUGAGUGCCGGGACGGAUAUUUCCAACAAACACAGGGGGUGGGGCACGCAGGGAUACGUUACUGCUCCCCAUACACGCCCUGUCAACCUGGCCAGGUUAUAGUGAAAACCGGUACUAAGGAAUCUGACCAAGAGUGUGGUCACUGUGCCUCAGGAUAUUUUGUCGAGGGAGGUAACUGCAAACAGUGUUCGUUUUGCGGCGAAAACUCCACAGUUCUGAGUCGCUGCACUCAUAACACAGACACCGUGUGUUCAGAGCCAGAUGUGGUACAGUCCGAGGAAAAAGAUGAUAUUCUUCAAGAACAGUAUGAACAUCAUAAAACGACCAAUAACCUGUCAGUGCUGAUACCUAUUGGGGUGCUUGUUUGUGUCUCCUUGAGCAUAUUGGCAGCUUUGUGCUUCUUAUGGAAGAGGCAUUCAAGGAACAGCUAUCUCACAAAGGACAAAACCAGCAGUGCUGAUCCCUUGUUGCUGGUUUCACCACCGCAAACAACAGGUCCACCUCCACAAGAAACGGAUGCUCCACCUCCACAAGAAACGGUUCGCCCUCUGCCAGAAACUGGUUUAUUGCUCAACACAACACAAAUGCAGGGUAGAGACUUCUAAGAAGGCGAUCAUCAAUACAAGUUCUUCCUCUACAGUCAUUCCUGAGGCCCAGCGUCUAUUUGGAACUAAAAGAUCCAUCGUCCUGGACUGGACCCAUCUUCAAGAUUCUAUGUGCCCAUCUGACUGGAAACUGGAAAAUGUUCAUGCGAAACUUGCCAGGUGACGAAGACUACAAAUCGUCAAUUCACGCGCGAUGUGAACAGAUUUGUGACGAGGUCAGAAACAACGUGCCGGAACAGAUCUACACUGCUCUCAGAGAGUGGUCACAAGCAAAUGUGUACCCAGAUGUGUCUGUGGAGAGCAUUCUAACUUCAUUGGAGACAAUUCGAGACGCUGAGGAUGUGCGGAAAAGGGUAUCAGAAGCAGCUCUGAAGCUAAACGAAAACCACUCAAAAGAAUGCAAAGCUGAAUAGACUGUAUAUUUUAGGCCCAUUGUUGUGAUUCAAAUCCAAUCACAAGAUUAUCUGGUCGUUGAUCGCCGAACGUUUGUAAUUAUAACGGUUUGAUCCUUCACUCACCCAUGAUGCCGUAAUUAUCCUUACAAAACAAACAAGAAACAUCAUCUUAAUAAUUGUACUUAGUUUGUUCCAAAUCUACUGGUCCAAACUUUGGUGUAACCAUCUUAUAAUGCAAAUCCCUUCCUGAUCAUACGUACAAUACGCUUAACUACCAUGGAUGUUCAUGCUGCUAAU